AUGCCGCCGCGUAGAUACGAGUUCGGCCGGGCAGAAGAAGCCACCCAUCCUGAUUCCAUGCGUGCCUCUUUAGCCGAGUUUAUCUCAACUUUCAUUUUCGUAUUCGCCGGCGAAGGAUCUAUUCUAUCUCUGAGUAAGAUAUAUAUAUAUAUAUAUAUAUUCAUAAUGAUGUCUUCAAUUUAAAAUUGAUAUUUUGUUGUAGAUAAGAUGUAUAGAGAUACGGCACUUUCGGCGUCAGGUUUGGCGGUUAUUGCUCUUGCAAAUGGUUUGGCUUUGUUUGCGGCGGUGGCUGCAAGUAUGAAUGUGUCGGGAGGACAUGUUAAUCCGGCUGUUACCUUUGCAGCUCUGAUUGGAGGACGUCUUUCAAUGAUACGAGCUUUGUAUUAUUGGAUAGCUCAGUUGCUUGGUGCUAUUGUAGCAUCUAUUCUCCUUAGGGUUUCCACCCAUGGAAUGAGGCCAGGUGGUUUCUCAGUGGUGUCGGGUGUGGGAGAAUGGAACGCUUUGUUUAUGGAGAUAAUAAUGACAUUCGGACUGGUUUACGUUGUUUAUUCAACAGCCAUGGAUCCUAAGAGAGGAAAUAUGGGGAUAAUAGCUCCAUUAGCGAUCGGUUUGAUAUUUGCAGCUAACAUUUUGGUGGGUGGGCCUUUUGAAGGAGCAGCAAUGAACCCGGCCCGAGCUUUUGGACCCGCUUUAUUGGGAUGGAGAUGGAGAAACCAAUGGAUAUAUUGGGUCGGGCCAUUUAUUGGUGGCGGGCUUGCGGGUCUUAUCUAUGAAUUUGCUGUUAUUCAAUCGGAUCAUCACCCGAAUAGUACUACUGUAAUUCAUGUUAGUCAUCACCAACCUUUGGCUGCAGAAGACUACUAGGCUUUAUAUAUGUAA